AUGGGCUUGGGAAGCAGGGACAUCUCCCAGAGGCAUUCUUUCUCCCCCUUCCUCACAUCUUUGCUCCCUCACUCCCCAUACUCCACCUCCCCCAUCCCCUUUCUGCAAUCUUCCGCCAGCUCAUACACGAGAAGCUCCCCCGAGACAUCAUCUCACAGAGGCAUUCUUUCACCUUGUUUAUCUUACCUCCCCUCCUUGCUCCCCAUGCUCUCUACCCCUCCUCUUCCCCCUUUCCAUCCCCGCCAGCUGAUAUACGAGAAGCUCCCCCGGGACAUCGCCCAGAGGCAUGUCAUGCUGCUCGACCCUGUGCUGGCGUCAGGUGAGGCUUUACCCCCCUCCCUCCUCGCCUGGUACGUGAUGCUACUGGGCCCGGUGCUCUCCUCAGAUAAGCACCCUUAUCCCGGUCGCUCUGCCAUCAAGGCUAUCCAGCUGCUGCUGCACCGAGGGGUGCUUGAGGAGCGAAUCAUCUUCCUCAACCUCAUUUCGGCCCCAGAGGGCAUUCACAAACCCCCGGAGGGCAUUCACAAUGGUUUUGAGACGUCUCAAAAACAACCUCGCUGCACGUUGCCGCCGCUUCCUCCACCUCAAGAUAGUGACAUCGGAGAUCGAUUCGGGGCCCCGGAGGGCAUUCACAACGUGUGCCGCCGCUUCCCCCACCUCAAGAUCGUGACAUCGGAAAUCGACUCGGGGAUUAACGAGGAGUACAGAAUGGUGCCAGGAAUGGGGGAGUUUGGGGACCGGUACUUUGGUACAGAGGAGGGGGAUGCUGGGAGGGAUGAUGAGAGGGAUGGUGAUGUCUCUUUCCGCCCCUCCCCGGAACCCCCACUCCCCCCUCCCCUUCUUCCCCCACCGCCCCCCUUCUUCCCCCUCCCUCGCCCCUUCAUACCAUCCGCAGGUCGCGUGGGCGCCUGGGUCUCUAACUGCACGACGGACAUCGGCGCGACUCGCGGCAAGUUCCUGCUCGCCGUCUUUAAGGACGAGUCGUCGGGCACGCCCGUCUACAACCUCUAUUUCGACGCGGAUCUUGACGAGUACAGCGGAACCGCGCCCGACACGAUCAACAUCGUGCAAGGCGCGGCGUGUGACUCCACCGCCACCGCCGCCCUCACUCUGCCGUCCACCGGCUGGACCACACAGACACGCGGCGGGCGCGGCGGCUCGCACACGGAGCUGCGCGUGACGGGCACCGUGGAAGGCGCCGACGCGACGGUCGUCGAGGCGCUUCUCGCGGGCGUGCCGAACGCAACGGUGACGCAGAACGUGUUCACCAAGGUGAUCAACGGCGCGAAGCAGGGCUUCCAGAACGCCUUCGGCGGACGCCGCCGCGGGCGCGAGCUCGCGGGGAACAGCGCGGGGAAGCUUACGCAGCAGUUCCUGAAGCGCCAGCGCCAGCGCCUCGCGUGGAUGGGCGCGAAGACUAAGGCGCUGUUCGCGACGUUCAUCGGGACCACCGACACCACGACUGAUUCGCCGUACGCUGUCAUUUUUACCGACAGCACGACCGGCAACUCCUGGAGCGCCGCGCUCACUGGGAAUUUCGGCAAGUGUGGCGGUCGUGGCGGGCGUGGUGGCAACAGGCCUGACGGUGACGGCGAUGGUCCUGGUGGCGCUGGUGGCCGUGGUGGCCGUGGUGGCCGUGGUGGUGGCUAUUAG